AUGGCAUCGCAGAAUUCGUAUUCCUCCCUAAAUUCUAUUGUGGUGAACAAGUUCAAUGAAAUAGCACAGAAAGAUGAUAUACCGUGGCGUUCUGGAAUCGUAGUACUUGUAGGCACACUUUAUGUGUUAUCAGCUCUGAGGGAGUAUGUCACUGGGACUAAAGUACCAUUGGUCGGCCGAGCUUCCGUAUUCGAACCACUUUUCAUCUCGAAUUUUCGAUUCUUGAAUAAUGCGCAGAAGAUAGUAGGGGACGGUUAUGCCAAGUUCAAAAACAGAACAUUCAAAUACAACCGCGCAGAUGGAGAAAUUCUCGUCCUCCCCGCCCGCUAUGUCAACGAUCUACGGAACGUGCCAAGGUCAACUGCCGACCAGACCAGGGCACAGCUACACAAUUUCAUGGGCCAUCAGCUCAAUCUGGAAGUCAUAAUACGUAACAAGCUAUAUUUCAGGGUUCUCCAAGAGAAAGUCACGCCGAAUCUUAAUAAUUUGACGGCUCCGAUGCAGGAUGAGCUUAAUUAUGCUAUGGCGAAUGAUAAGGAGUUUCCGAUGAGCGAAGAUGAGUGGAUGCCUGUUAAGCCUUCUCAUAUGAUCCUUGAUGUUGUCGCGAGAAUCAGCGCAAGGAUAUUCGUCGGUCUGCCUAUGUGUCGGAAUAAGCAAUGGCUCGAGAUCUCUAUCAAGUUCACAGAAUCUAUAUUCCUCUACGCUAUUACUAUGCGACUUCUUCCAUUUGGGCUUCACAAAUUCCUCAGUUUGAUAAAUCCCAAUGCAUGGAAAGCAGCCUCGUACGUUCGACAGGCCAAACAGCUACUUGUUCCCGAAGUAGAGCGACGCGGACAAAAGAUCCAGGCAGGAGAAGAGAAAGGCUCAGACCACCAGAACAUUCUAUCGUGGAUGAUUGAAAUCGGCAAAGAGGACGAGACGAGUCCUUCCGACCUAGCUCACCUGGAAGUCAUUCUCUCUAUGGUUUCCAUCCACGCCCUAGAAACGAAUGUGGUACAAACCCUCUACGACUUGGGCGCGCACCCCGAAUACAUACAACCACUGCGCGAGGAAAUUUUGCAAGUGAUCAAAGAAAACGGGCCGUGGAUGCAAUGGAAAAAAACGGCGUUCGUCAAGCUCCGACUCCUUGAUUCCUUGAUGAAAGAGAGCCAGCGGCUGAACCCGCCCAACAUACUCGCAUACCAUCGAAUGAUGAGGAAGGACCUCAAGCUCAGCGACGGCACGGUCCUGCGUUCAGGAAGCCACACAUGCAUGGCUAUAAACUCAAUCCAAAACGAUCCGGAGAAUACAAGCGACCCUGAGGUCUUCGAUGGAUAUCGCUAUUACACCAUGCGUAAGCGCGAAAACGAAGAACACCUACACCAGUUUGCGACUACGGAUCCUAAGAGUUUGCAUUUUGGACAUGGUAUUUAUGCGUGUCCGGGCCGGUUCUUUGCGUCGUUGGAGAUUAAGAUUAUUCUUAUAAGGCUUAUUAUGGAUUAUGAUUUUAAAUUCCCGGAAGGUCAGGGAAGGCCGGAGAAUUUGACUGCGUAUGAGUAUAUUUUUCCGAAUCCUGAGGGGGUCUUGCUUAUGAAGAGGAGAAAAGCCGGAGAGAGGUUACAGCUAUAG